AUUUGAUCUUGGCGUCUUCUUGGACGGAGUGAUUGAAGUCUGUGUUUUGUUGGUCCUUGCAAUCGCAUAGGCUCAAUUCCUACUCGUGCGGCGCAUGGCGUGGUCACCUGGGAACUGAUUACCUCCCGCCUGGGAAGGUCUCUUCUCUUGUUCCACCUGUGCCACAGCAACAACUCCAAACCUCGUUCAGACGACGACCUCCUACUCUGGGGUUCAAACCAAUUCGACGUACCUCUCUUAAGAAUACUGGCGUCCUCGAGAGAACAGACUGCGUGUGCGAGAGCACCGUGUUAACAUGGCGGAUCAGGCUCAGACUGCGGCCACCUUCCCGAACCCUCCAGACUUUCUCUGGCGUGGAUUCACAACCGAGAAUGUCGCGCGCUUCGAGGAGGCAAAGAAGACAUGGGAGGAGGCGCAUCCCGAGGCCGCUUCGUCCAAGACAGUCACACUGAUCCCAGACUUACCAGAGGACCUCAGACAAUUUCAGCCGCCUCCGGAACCCACGGACGGUCGAUGGCGAAUGCUUGGGGAUCCUUGGCAGCUGGAAGUGACUGUUCCCGACGUCGAGGAGUGGAAUAUUAGGCGUCUCGAACCCGCACCGCGCUCCGACACCACCUCCCUCCCUGCCGAAGACACAAACCGUGACCUCGCCCUAAAUCUCAAGCGCCUCGCCAAGUCCGCCCUCCUCAACUUCCUCGAGUUCGCCGGCGUGGCGAGCGUCGACCCCGACGGCCUCUGGGAGAAGACCACCGACAUUGAGCACAUUCUGAUUAAUAUGCACAGUGGCAUCAAUAAGUAUCGGCCCCACCAAGCGCGAGAGAGCCUUAUUCAGACCAUGCAGAAUCGUCUCGACCAAUUACGUGCCGAGACAGCCGCGGUCAAUGCGGUCACGGACAAGGCGAAGCGGGUGCUUGAAGGGCUCGGGAGCAUCGAUGCGCCUGGGGAGUCGCAAGAGCUGCAGGAGAAGGGCAUUGUUGACGAGAUAAUACUGGCAGACGACGCUAGUGAGGUCUGGGAAGAGUCUACUUCUUUCAACUAGAUGGCUAUUUGGAGGCUGUUUGUGGCCAUGGCGUGACGAGAACAAUCUGCAUCUAGAUGUAGACGUGGACGAUUCUUCGCAAUUGGAAAUUGUGGUUUCUAGGCGCAUUACGGACAUAGGAUCAUACCCCGGUGAAGUUGAAUCAAAUUGCAUUUUCCUCC